UGUUUAUUUUUAUUUUUUUGAUUUUUUGAUUUCACGCGUUCGAAAACAAAAACUUCGAAAUCUGCAAUAUUUUCAAUUUUUCACCAUGGAUCCUGCUAAUUUAUUUGACACCCAUCCAUCAUCAUCACCAUCAUCAUUGUCUUCGCCAUCGUUAUUCGCUAAUAUAAAACCGAAUCAAAUAAAAUCACCAUUUUUGAAUCAAUCAUCAUUACCCGAUCAAUUAGCUGCCGAAUAUAUUGUUCCUGAUUUCGGUGGUGUUGGUGGCACAUCGUCAACGAUUCAUAAUCGUGGUCGUUUUGAAUUAGCAUUCUCACAAAUUGGUGGUGCUGUCAUGUUGGGUUCUGGUUUUGGUGGUGCAAUGGGAACAUAUCGAGGUUUGAAAGAAAUUGCCCAGCUAAAAGAAUCAUCAUCCAAGGAAUUUCUCCGCAUAAAACGGACCAAAUUAUUAAAUUACAUAACCAGAAAUGGUGCUCGUAUGGCCAAUACAUUCGGUUCGAUUGCCCUGACAUAUUCGGCUAUCGGUGUUGCCGCUGCAAGUUUGAAUCAACAUCAAAAAAAUGAUGAUAUUAAUACUGCCAUAUCAGCUAUUACAACCGGUGCAUUAUAUGGUGGAUUAAUAAGCAAUGUCCCAAAUCAAUCGCUGCCAAAUGCCGACAAAUGGAUGUGGAAAUUACGAACAAAACGUGCUGGUAUUGGUUCAUUAAUUGGAUUUAUAGCUGCCGCCACCUAUAUCUUGUUAUUUAAUUCGGAUAAAUAUUAUUAAAUUUUGUUAAUUUUUUUUUUGUUAAUUUCAAAAUAAAAUUGUUACAUUUUUUCUCGCUUUAAA